AUGUCGGCAAAAACGAACGGUUUCGCCCAGGGAACAGUGCUGAAGGUUGCAUACUCUAUGCUUGGCCUGACCAGCUCAGUCGUCCUUGCGAGGAUUGGUCUCAACAUCAUCAGGCCGAGGAGACUGACAGCCUCUGACUACUUUGUGUUCGUCGCCUUCGCCAUUUAUGUGACGAUGUGCGCUCUCUACAUUGCAUUGUCUCCAUAUAUGCAGAGAGUAUACGCUGUUUCGAACGGAGAAACACCACCUUAUUCGGAAUUGAAGCAUGAUAGCAUGCUGAUGGCGAAGAUGGUUUUCAUUGCCUUCUGUAUGUUUUGGGCGGUGCUGUGGUCCAUCAAACUAUCUUUGCUGCUGCUUUAUAGGAGAUUACUGAACGGUAUCUCUCCACGCUGGACCUUUGUGUGGUGGUGCAUAGCUGGAAUCUGCUUAGGGACUUUUGUUGGCAACUACGCCUUCUACUUCCAAUCAUGCGGCACCAUACCCGGGUUCUGGACAGGAGGAUGCACUGGCGAAGGCCCACACCAUACCCAGCUCGUCAGCCUCUACUACUCGUUUUCCGCGGAUAUUUCAACAAACAUGAUGAUCAUGGCACUUCCGAUAUGGCUCACCUGGAAUCUUCAGAUGCCACGAAGCAAGAAGAUAUCAAUCUUAUGUCUCUUUGCGACGGGCGUCGUUUGUGUUCUCUUCGCCUGUCUCCGAGUCACUCAAGUUGCGAUUAAUGCAUCAAAACCCGAGGCUGCAGAGCAACCACUUGAUCCGACUUGGCUCGCUAUUUGGGGUAUGGUGGAGUGUUUCAUCGCCGUCAUCAUUGGCUGCUGCCCCGCGUUCGCCGUGCUCGUCAACGCAUUCCGUUUCAAUAACUCUUACGAUUCGCGCGGUUACCGAAGGCAGACUGAUGGCAACGUGGAUAGAAUCACACGGAGUAGAUUGGAGCUCAGACCUUUUGGAAAUAACAGGACCUCGAGACCAGGCCUUGGGCAGGGACUGACGGACUCACACUGGGCUGGCAUGUAUAGUAGUCAGGAAGAAUUACGGGCGAAACAUGAUGGCAUCAUGGUUUCGACCACGGUAACGCAUGAGCAAGACGUGAUAGAUAUGCUUAGAAGACCAUAA